GAUAAAAUGUCAAACUGCUUUACGUGGUUAGAUUUUGAUGUAAAUACUCUGGUAGAUAUUUAUUUAUUUUAUUAAAUAUUAACGUGUACAUAAAAUUAAGAUAAAUGAGAGCAAUGUAUAAAUAAUUAAGUAACUAUAGUUAAUUAUGAACAUUCACCAUGUCUAAAGAAACUGUAAUUAAAAUUGAUGACCCGCUGAAUAACAAUGGCCAAAAUAAAAAAUCAGAAAUCAAUAUACUAUGCUUAGACAUAACACCAUACAGCCCAUUAGUUCAAUUUUCUUGUUGUUCAAUAUUUGUUUUCGUGUGCUACUUGGCGUAUGGAUAUUUUCUAGAAUUAAUAUUUUCUAAGCCUGAAGUAAAACCAGUGAGCCUGUACAUAACUCUAGUUCAAUUUUUAAUAACAAUGUCUCUUAGUUAUGUUGAAUCACUUAUAAGGAAUCCUAUAAAACGAAAAGUGCCAUUAAGAACAUAUGCCAUAUUGGCUGCUCUGACACUGGGAACAAUGUCCUUUUCAAAUUUAGCACUAAGCUAUUUGAACUAUCCAACACAAUUGAUAUUUAAGAGCUGUAAAUUAUUACCAGUUAUGAUCGGCAGCAUUAUAAUAUUAGGGAAGAGGUAUGGAUUCCUAGAUUAUGUGGCAGCUGUUAUUAUGUGUAUAGGACUGACAAUGUUUACAUUGGCUGACUCUACAACAUCGCCUAAUUUCGACGUCAUCGGAGUAAUUGUAAUAUCUUUAGCGUUGUUGUGUGACGCUAUUAUUGGUAAUGUUCAAGAGAAGGCUAUGAAACAAUUCCAGGCUUCUAACAAUGAAGUUGUAUUCUAUUCUUAUGCAAUAGCGUGUUUCUAUCUCAUUGUUAUAACUGGCUUCAGUGGAAUAUUAACUGAUGGCUUUGUUUAUUGCUCUCAGUCCCCAACGACAAUGUAUUUAAAUAUAUUCCUGUUAAGCUUGAGUGGAUACAUGGGAUUGCAAGCAGUAUUGACGUUAGUUCGUAUAUGUGGUGCCACAGUGGCAGUUACUGUUACUACAAUGAGGAAGGCACUCUCUAUAGUCAUAUCGUUCUUGCUUUUUAGCAAGCCAUUCGUUUUUCAAUAUGCAUGGUCAGGUAUGCUGGUCGCGUUGGCAAUAUAUCUCAAUCAUUACAGCAAAAAAAAUCCACAUUACGUUCCUUACCCACUAUUAAAAUGCUGGCAGUGCACACAAUCCUUCUACCAAUCAGAAUAUAGAUACCUAAAGGUAAAAAGUAAAAUGUAUGCCGAUUCAGUAUAAAUUUAUUUUAUAUUUUAAAUUAUAUGUGAUAUA